AUGCAGGCGCAGCCGCUGCUCUACGAGUUCUUCAGCGAGGAGAACGCGCCCAAGUGGCGGGGGCUGCUGGUGCCCGCCCUCAAGAAGGUUCAGGUGCAAGUCCAUCCUAAGCUUUCCUCUACUGAAGAUGCAUUGCAGUAUGUGGAGGAGUUAAUUCUUCAAUUGUUAAAUAUGUUGUGUCAAGCUCAACCAAGAAGUUUUCUGGAUGUAGAGGAUCGUGUUCAAAAAAGCUUCCCCCAUCCUAUUGAUAAGUGGGCAAUAGCUGAUGCCCAGUCUGCUAUUGAGAAGAGGAAACGAAGGAAUCCGUUAUCUCUUCCGGUAGAAAAAAUCCAUCCCUUGUUAAAGGAAGUUCUAGGCUACAAAAUUGACCACCAAGUGUCUGUUUACAUAGUAGCAGUAUUAGAAUACAUUUCUGCAGACAUCUUAAAACUGGUUGGGAAUUAUGUGCGGAAUAUAAGACAUUAUGAGAUUACAAAACAAGAUAUUAAAGUAGCAAUGUGUGCUGAUAAGGUAUUAAUGGAUAUGUUCCAUCAAGAUGUAGAAGAUUUAAGUGCACUAACAUUAUCUGAUGAAGAACCCUCCACCUCAGGGGAGCAAACCUAUUAUGACCUAGUGAAGUCAUUUAUGGCAGAAGUUCGACAAUAUAUAAGGGAACUGAAUCUCAUUAUCAGAGUUUUUAGAGAGCCAUAUGCCUCCAACUCCAAACUGUUUUCAUCUCAUGAUGUGGAAAAUAUAUUUAGUCGUAUAUCAGACAUCCAUGAACUUAGUGUGAAGUUACUGGGUCAUAUAGAGGACACUGUUGAAAUGACAGAUGAAGGUAGUCCUCACCCACUAGUAGGCAGCUGUUUUGAAGAUAUGGCAGAGGAACUAGCAUUUGAUCCAUAUGAAUCAUAUGCACAAGAUAUUUUACGACCUGGGUUUCACGAUCACUUUCUAAGUCAAUUAUCAAAGCCAGGAGCAGCAUUUUAUUUACAGUCAAUAGGUGAAGGCUUUAAAGAAGCUGUUCAGUAUGUUCUACCCCGGCUCCUCCUCGCCCCUGUUUACCACUGUCUUCAUUAUUUUGAACUGCUAAAACAAUUGGAAGAAAAAAGUGAGGAUGAAGAGGAUAAGGAGUGCUUGAAGCAAGCAAUAACUGCCCUGCUAAAUCUUCAAAGCAGUAUGGAACGGAUAUGCUCCAAAAGCCUUGCAAAACGAAGGCUUAGUGAAUCCGCAUGCCGGUUCUAUACUCAGCAGAUGAAGGGGAAGCAGCUAGCAAUUAAGAAAAUGAAUGAAAUCCAGAAAAACAUUGAUGGUUGGGAGGGUAAAGACAUUGGACAGUGCUGUAACGAGUUCAUCAUGGAAGGAACACUCACACGUGUAGGAGCAAAGCACGAGAGACACAUAUUCCUGUUUGAUGGCUUGAUGAUUUGCUGUAAGUCAAAUCAUGGCCAGCCAAGACUUCCUGGUGCUAGCAAUGCAGAAUAUCGACUCAAGGAGAAGUUCUUCAUGCGAAAGGUACAAAUCAAUGAUAAAGAUGACACUAAUGAGUAUAGACAUGCUUUUGAAAUCAUCUUAAAAGAUGAGAACAGUGUUAUUUUUGCUGCUAAAUCAGCUGAAGAGAAAAACAACUGGAUGGCAGCAUUGAUAUCUUUGCAAUAUAGAAGCACGCUGGAAAGGAUGUUGGAUGUAACAAUGUUACAGGAAGAAAAAGAGGAGCAGAUGAGAUUUCCAAAUCCUGAGCUUUAUAGAUUUGCAGAACCCGACUCUGAAGAGAAUAUUGUGUUUGAAGAGAACAUGCAGCCCAAAUCUGGAAUCCCCAUCAUCAAGGCAGGAACUGUUGUGAAGCUCAUCGAGAGGCUGACAUACCACAUGUAUGCAGAUCCCAACUUUGUUCGGACUUUUCUCACAACAUAUAGAUCCUUCUGUAGACCUCAAGAGUUGCUGAGUUUGCUAAUAGAAAGAUUUGAAAUUCCAGAGCCUGAGCCCACGGAAGCCGACCGUAUAGCCAUGGAGAACGGAGACCAGCCCCUUAGCGCAGAGCUGAAACGGUUUAGGAAGGAGUACAUUCAACCUGUGCAGCUGCGAGUGUUAAAUGUGUGUCGACACUGGGUAGAGCACCAUUUCUAUGACUUUGAGAGAGAUGCUGACCUUCUGAAACGUUUGGAGGAGUUCAUUGGAACAGUAAGAGGCAAAGCCAUGAAGAAGUGGGUUGAAUCCAUCACAAAGAUAAUCAACAGGAAAAAGCAGGCACAAGCCAUUGGGCCGAGCCACAACAUCACUUUUGAGAGCCCCCCUCCAGCAAUUGAGUGGCACAUCAGCAAACCAGGCCACACAGAGACUUUUGACUUGCUCACUCUGCAUCCCAUAGAAAUCGCUCGGCAGCUCACUUUACUGGAGUCAGAUUUUUACAGAGCUGUGCAGCCAUCAGAACUAGUUGGAAGUGUGUGGACAAAGGAAGAUAAAGAAAUUAAUUCUCCCAACCUUCUCAAAAUGAUAAGGCAUACAACUAACCUAACUCUGUGGUUUGAGAAAUGCAUUGUAGAAACAGAAAACCUAGAGGAAAGAGUAAUUGUAGUGAGCCGGAUAAUUGAGAUCCUGCAAGUUUUUCAAGAGCUAAACAACUUUAAUGGUGUCCUUGAGAUUGUCAGUGCUAUGAACUCCGCAGCAGUUUAUAGGUUGGAUCACACAUUUGAGCAAAUUCCAAGUCGCCAGAAGAAGAUCUUAGAAGAAGCUUAUGAGCUGAGUGAGGACCAUUAUAAGAAAUACUUGGCAAAACUCAGGUCCAUUAAUCCUCCUUGUGUGCCUUUUUUUGGGAUUUACUUAACCAACAUUUUGAAAACAGAAGAAGGCAAUCCUGAAUUUCUCAAGCGCCAUGGGAAAGACCUUAUAAACUUCAGCAAGAGAAGGAAGGUAGCUGAGAUAACAGGGGAGAUCCAGCAGUACCAGAACCAGCCAUAUUGUUUAAGAGUGGAAUUUGACAUCAGGAGAUUUUUUGAAAACCUGAAUCCAAUGGGAAACAGCGUGGAGACAGAAUUUACAGAUUAUCUGUUCAACAAGUCACUGGAGAUAGAGCCACGAAAUGUCAAGCCUCCUCCAAGAUUUCCCAAGAAGUACAGCUACCCUCUCAAGUCCCCGGGUGUUCGUCCCUCUAACCCAAGGCCAGGUACCAUGAGACAUCCCACCCCCCUGCAGCAGGAGCCAAGGAAAAUCAGCUACAGCCGCAUCCCGGAGAGCGAGACGGAAGCCACGGCGUCUGCGCCGAACUCGCCGCGCACCCCGCUGACCCCACCCCCGGCUUCUGCCACUUCCAGCACCACCGACGCCUGCAGCGUCUUCGACUCGGACCCCUCCAGCCCUUUCCACACAAGAUCUGCUUCUGUGUCAUCCAUAAACUUUACCAAAACUUCAGAUGAUGCUCCUGUCCCUCCUCCUGUUCCUCCACGAAGAAGACCAGAAUCUGCCCCAGCUGAAUCCUCCCCAUCAAAAAUUACUUCUGCACACCUGGACAACCCACCAGCAAUCCCUCCCAGGCAACCAACCUCUAAAGUGUAUUCUCCAAGGUACUCGGUGCCUGAUCGGACCUGCAUCUCUGACUCCUGUGUUACCACUGCAAACCCCCCCGAGUUACCGCCACGGGAGCCUGUGCGAACUCCAGAUGUUUUCUCUAGCUCACCACUACACCUCCAGCCUCCACCCCUGGGGAGAAAAAGCGAACUUGGUAACACCUUUUUCCCAAACAGCCCCUCUCCGUUCACGCCCCCUCCCCCCCAGACACCUUCUCCACAUGUAGCACGGAGGCACCUGCCGUCGCCGCCUUUGAUACCGCAGGAUGUGGAACUCCCUUCUGUUGCUGGACCACCCGUUCCUCCACGACAAAGCACUUCUCAACAUAUCCCAAAGCUUCCUCCAAAAACUUACAAAAGGGAGCACACGCACCCAUCGAUGCAUCGGGAUGGGCCACCCUUGCUGGAGAACGCCCCCUCCUCCUGAACUGUCCCUCGCGCUGGGAGUCGCAUUUUCCUGGUGCUAUGUCUGUUGCUGGCAAUGGAUGCACUGAACCUGGUGGUGUCAAGGAGUUGGGAUGUGUAUGCCAAACACUAAGAACUCUCCAAUGCGUUGGAAAUGUAGUGUACAGAAAUGGAAUUGCAAAAACAGACUUUCUAGUGGAAAACCCGGUUAACUUGCUAUUCUCGUUUUAGUAUGCAGGACUUUGUUCUAAAGUAAUUGGACAGCUGAUUGUACCAGAAAACAGUCUGGAGAGACUUCUUUGGCCAAUGAGCAGAGACUGUGUUUGUGUAAUGAUCAAUAAUGUCCAGUACAGGAAGGAAAAACAGUCUUGUAUCCAUCAGUUCCAUACAGUGGCACAGUUUUCGGAAUGAAAACAUUAUGCACUUUUUUUAAAUCUCAAACAGGGAACUUUAUAUCCUUCUUAAUUUUCCUUUGCUUUACUUACUCCCUGCUUUAAAAUACCUUCCUAAAAUUAAGAGAAGGACUGUGAGGAAGAUCUGUGGUACCUAACCGAGCUAGAAUUAAGGCAAAGCACUGUAUUGCGGUCCUGUUUACAAGUCGUUACAAUGAGUAGUAGGGGGUACCUAGGCUUCACCAAAGAGGUACUUUAUUAUUAUUUUCUGAAAUACUGUGGUGCCAGUUCAAAAAUAAAUUUUUGCCAGGAAGCAUAAUGUCUAAUUAUUGCUUUCUUUAGAUAGAGCUGAUGAAAGUCUUACAUCAUUAAGGUGACAGCGAAUUUUUUUUUUAAAGCAGCACUAUCAUCUGAAGCAAAUAUACUACAUUUAGAAGACUGUUAAUCUCUGCUAGGUUAUGUCAUGUUCUUUUUAAGGUUUACUGAUAAUCCAUUUCAUGGCUAGUAGCUAUUCCUUUUCAGUCAUGCCAUGAAAACAGUCACUUGUCAACUUCCAUAGCUAUUGUCAUGUUUUACUAACAAUAGAUUAAUCAGCAUACAUAGGAUUGCCUUGCAGUUGCAUAAAUCGUGUGUAUAUAGUGAAUGUUGCAUAAAUAUACUUGCAGAUUGUUUUUAAUUUAAUUGAAAUAAAGAUAAAGAUAUGUUUGGCUGA